AUGGCUCCCAAGGUUGCUAUUGUCUUCUACUCGCUGUACGGCCACAUCGUCCAGCUGGCCGAGGCUGAGAAGAAGGGUAUCGAGGCUGCUGGUGGCCAGGCCGACAUCUACCAGAUCCCCGAGACCCUCUCCGAAGACGUCCUCACCAAAAUGCACGCUCCCCCCAAGUCCUCACACCCCGUCGCUACCCCCGAGGACCUCCUCAAUUACGAUGCCGUCCUCUUCGGUAUCCCCACCCGUUACGGUAACUUCCCUGCUCAGUGGAAGACCUUCUGGGACCGCACCGGCGGUAUCUGGGCCACUGGUGGCUUCUGGGGCAAGUAUGCCGGUCUGUUCGUCUCCACUGGUACCCUCGGUGGUGGCCAGGAGUCGACCGCCCUUGCUGCCAUGAGCACUCUCGCUCACCACGGCUUCCUCUACGUCCCUCUGGGCUACAAGACCACAUUUGCUCAGCUCUCGAACCUGACUGAGAUCCACGGUGGUAGCGCCUGGGGUGCUGGUACCUUUGCUGGUGCCGAUGGCUCUCGCCAGCCCACUCCCCUCGAGCUCGAGAUUGCCGAAGCCCAGGGUAAGGCCUUCUACGAGCACGUUGCCAAGGUCAACUUCGCGUGA